AUGGUUCUAAAUAAUAUUGAAAAUGUAGAUAUGAUUUUGAUCGAUAAGCUUACCGAAAAUUUACCUAAUGAAUCUGUGAUUGUCUAUUUUGACUUAGAGUUAUCUGGUCUCGGUGAGGAUGACGAUAUUCUACAAAUCGCUGUAAAAUGUGGUGAAGAUUCAUUGAAUGUUUAUUUGACACCUACUAAAAAUAUUUUGUCAGCCGCAUCGGAAGUUACGGGCUUGACGAAUAUCGGGAACAAGCUUUACUUGCAUAACAAAAAACUUACCACUAUUGACGCUCAAGAAGGUUUACGUGAACUUCAGAAAUUUCUUAUGAAACUAGAAAGGCGAUGUAUUUUUAUCGCAAAUAACGUUUCUUUUGAUUCGCGAAGGUUAAUAAAAACGAUUAUUAAUAAUAACAUGCUCAGUGAUUUUUCAAUAAUAAGUGGUUUCUCUGAUUUGUUGAAACUUUUUAGAAAAGUUUUACCUGAUUCAAAGGGUACUGGUAUGUUUAAAGUAAGGACUUUAUCAAAUGAGUUUUUGAGUGGAGAAAAUGUUAACAAGCUGCAUAAUGCUUAUUUUGACGUUGUAAAUUUGGAAAAAUUUGUUAAAGUAAUUGCUAGUGAAUAA